CACCCAUUCCUCUCGUCCUCUCCUCUCUUCGGUCACCGCUGCAACCGAGCAGAACUCAGAGGGGCCGGGAGGCAGAAGGAGAAGCUCUUUCUUCCCCGACAAUGGCCGACGACGCCGGGGAGGGAGAGCAGUACGGCCUCUUGUUGUACUACAAGUACGCCUCCGUUCCCGACCUCGAUGAGCUCGUGUCCUUCUACCAGUCGAACUGCAGCUCAUUGGGCCUGCUCGGCCGUGUCCGUGUCGCUCCCCACGGCGUCAACGUCACUGUUGGUGGCAAGUUGUCGUCCCUGGAGAAACACAUUGAGGCGGUAAAGGCGAGGACUUUGUUCGAAGGGACCGACUUCAAGCUCGCUUCCUCCCACCAGCCUUUGAAUGAUAGGGUGGCUAAGGAAUGCGGAUUCACCUCCCUCUCAGUGCGCAUAGUCGAUGAAUUGGUGACAUUUAGUUCUCAUCCCCUGUUGAAAUCGCCUAAUAUUUCGAAUGCUGGGAGGCAUCUCUCUGCUGUAGAAUUCCAUUCCGUUCUCGAAAGUGCCGGGAAGAUUUUAGAAGAGAGUGGCAACGACAAUGAAGGGCUUGUUUUGUUGGAUGCUAGGAACUUAUAUGAAACGAGAAUCGGGAAGUUUCAAAGCCCAGAUGUGGAGACUUUGGAUCCGGAAAUCAGGCAAUACAGUGACCUGCACAGCUGGAUAGAUGACAAUGCCGAUCGACUGCAGGGCAAAAACAUCCUCAUGUACUGCACAGGAGGCAUCAGGUGUGAGAUGGCAUCAGCAUAUAUUAGGGGGAAAGGAACUGGUUUCGAGAAUGUAUUUCAGUUAUAUGGUGGGAUUCAGCGGUAUCUGGAUCAGUUCCCUGAUGGUGGUUUUUUUAGGGGAAAGAAUUUUGUAUUUGAUCACCGGAUUUCAGUUGGAAGCUCUGAUCCCAAUAUCUUGGGUACCUGUCUUCUUUGUGGCUGUUGCUUCGAUGAUUAUUCCGCACGCUGUCGUUGUGCAUAUUGUAGAAUGCUUGUCUUGGUUUGUGAUAAUUGCCGGCAGGUGGAUGCUGGCACUUAUGUGUGCGAGCUUUGCCAAAAGCAUGGUAAAGGUGGUCCUUUAGUUUCGGCAGUAGAAGAUGGCAUCCCAGAAGAAUCACUGCAGCAAAUUGACUUAAAAACUCAUCCAUGUCCUCGGGGAAUAGGUUUUGGGUCCCCAAGAAAACUCAGGAUCUUAUGCUUGCAUGGGUUUCGACAGAAUGCCUCCAGCUUUAAAGGAAGAACUGCCUCAUUAGCCAAGAAAAUAAAAAACAUUGCCGAACUUAUCUAUGUUGAUGGUCCCCAUGAGUUACCCUUCAUAUACCAACCCCCAGUUGCUGAUCAAGCUUGUGAUUCUGAAUCAUCAGCAGUCCAAAGAAGUCCUCCAAGAGAGAACUGCAAGAAGAAGUUGGCUUGGUUAGUGAGCCCUGAAUGCUGCGUGGGGAGUGGAAAAACUGAAUGGAUAGUGGCAGAUGGACCAUUCGAUCUGCUUCAGUAUCAGCAGCAGACAGGUGGGUCUGAUAUAUCUCUAGCCCAUUUGAAGAAGGUAUUUUCCCAGGAUGGACCAUUCGAUGGGAUUCUUGGGUUCUCUCAGGGAGCAGCAAUGGCUACUCUAGCCUGUGCUCAUCAAGAUAAGUUUAAGGGUGAGAUGAACUUCAGGUUCGCAGUCUUGUGCUCUGGGUACCUCCCCAAGAUAGCAGAGAUUAGUCAUGGAACAAUAAAUUGCCCGUCACUUCAUAUAUUUGGAAGUGAUCAUGGGAAAGAUAGGCAAAUAUCAAACACAGCCAGUAAGGAUCUCGCUACCUAUUUCGAAGAGGGUAGCUCUGUCAUAAUUCAGCAUGACAGUGGCCAUAUAAUCCCGACUCGAUCUCCAUACAUCGACCAAAUCAAGGAUUUCCUGCAUCGAUUUAUAUGAAUGGUUCGGGGCAGAAUACCCAAUUGUAUCUUAUUUUGGCGAUCGAGUUAAUUGAUCAUGUAGACUUUUGCCCUUCUCGUGGUGUGAUGUAGACUCUCUACAAUUUCAAGAGCUAUUACCGAUCUUGAUUCCUGUUCCAA